AUGGUGGCGGUCAUUGUCAAGGUGGCUGGACUUGUGGCGCUGGUGGCCGUGCUGCUACACUCCUACUAUGGUGAUCGUGUCGCCUUUCUCCCCUCCUCCAGCCAGAAGGGAACGAUUGACGGCCCCUUUGGGCGUGAAGCGGCCCUCCUUGGCGCACUCCAGAAGGCUCUCCGUACACGACACCCUCUGCCCCUCUUCAUAGGUCUUGGCUACAACACGAAUCUGGACCUGGUCGUCGAUGCGCUGGAGGUGGUACAGGCUCUUGGAGUCCAACCGCCGCAGGGACCCACCGAGCACCCGGUCAUCUCCUCUGCCACUGACCUGCAGGAGACGUUCGGCCACUACUUCAAGCAGGGAAGCGCCGCCGAGCGCUACGUGGCCGAUGUGCCCCUGUUCGAGCGGCUGGACGCCCAGGCAUCAGCCGUCUAUUCGACUGGUGGCAACGCCGCGCUCAUGGCCAACCGCCUCGCGGAGCUCGGAAGCGAGGUUUUCCUGGGAGGGCCGAUCGGGCCGCGGCUGGCGGAGCUGCUACACCCGAACAUCCAGCACAUGGGCGGCGAGGGCACCAAGGACGAGGUGCACCUCAUCCUCGAGUACCCGCGCGGCGCGCAGUGGGGCCACCUGACCGCGCCCCGGGCCAACCGCUUCAUCGCCGUCCACGACGAGACCAACUCGCAGCUGCUGGCGCUCGAGGAGUUCCACGCCGCGAUGGAGCCGUUCGAGCCCGACCUGAUCAUCCUGGCGGGCCUGCACCUGCUCGAGGGCCAGCCGGACCAGGUCAGGCGCGAGCGCGUGGGCGCGGUCAGGCGCGCGGUGGAGGAGACCGACCCCGAGGUGGACGUCCACUUCGAGCUGGCCUCCAUCUCCGACGAGGACCUGCUCCUGCUCGUCACCACCCAACUGAUCAGCCAUGUCGACUCACUGGGCCUCAACGAGCAAGAGCUGGGCGCGCUGGUGCAGGCCCUGGGGAAAAUGGACUCGUGCAACUCCGAGUGCAAGGUGCGCGUGGCCGAGCUGGAGCUGAGCGCGUUCACCAGCCCGACCGUCCACACGGUGACCGAUGCCCUCAAGCUUGUCUUCCAAGUGCUGGACCACAAGGAUCCUCAGCAGCGGCUCCUCACUCGCAUCCACUUCCACUACCUCAGCUUCCAUGUCGUGGCCGAACGACGGACGACGCCGACAGCCAGCGCGAGGUGGCGGAGAUGGGGAUCGGGCGCCAUGUCGGUGGUGGGCGGGAGCCUGGGCGCCACGGCGCGUGCCUGCGGGGACGGCCGGUGGGACGUGUCGACGGCCGACGUCGAGGUGCGGCUGCAGCGGGAGACCCUGCCCCAGGCGCACCACGACGAGCGGCGGACCGACGUCCAUAUCGACCCCGUGGAGCCCGUCACCAUGUGGGAAGAGGGCGACGCCGUCUACUACCUCGCGCCCGUGCUCGUGUGCAAGCGACCCACACGCACCGGCUGGUGUACGCCCUUCAGAUGA